UACAAGGGAACAGUGGGAAAGAGAGAGGAAGAGAAAGCAAUUUCAAAAUCCCCUGUUCGGCUGAAACUGUAAGGAAAAAAAUUGAAAAUGGCGAAAUGGGCAUGGUGGAGUGGGAAAAGGGUUUAUUGGGUUAUAAUGGUGCUUCAUUUGGUGGCCAUUCUCAUAUUCACCAGAGGUUUUCUUCUCACUAGGACCGAGCUUCCUUUUCACAGCCAUUGCUCUGAUGUUUCUCAUUCCCCUUGCUUCUUCAAUUCUUCUUCCCAUCGCCACCAUUGUUGGACCGAACCUGCUGUUGGCCGCCUCCUUAUCAUCGUUCUUGAUGCUCUUAGGUUUGAUUUUGUUGCUCCAAGUAACAUCUUUCAAGAAGAACCAAAACCCUGGAUGGACAAAUUGCAAGUUCUACAAAAACUGGCAUCUCAGCGACCAUCUUCGGCUAGGAUUUUUAAAGCCAUUGCAGAUCCACCUACCACAAGUUUGCAGCGUUUGAAGGGGUUGACAACUGGUGGGUUGCCAACUUUUAUUGACGUUGGGAAUAGCUUUGGUGCUCCUGCAAUUGUUGAAGAUAACUUUAUACGUCAGUUGGUUCAAAAUGGAAAGCGAGUUUCGAUGAUGGGGGAUGAUACGUGGAUGCAAUUGUUUCCUAAUCAUUUUAACAUAUCCUAUGCUUACCCGUCUUUUAAUGUUAAAGAUCUUCACACGGUAGACAAUGGGUGCAUUAAGCAUCUUCUUCCUUCCUUGUAUCAAGAAGAUUGGGAUGUUCUUAUUGCACAUUUUCUUGGUGUGGAUCAUGCUGGGCACAUCUUUGGGGUUGAUUCAAAUCAAAUGCUAGAAAAGUUGGAGCAGUACAAUGUCAUCCUACAGAAAGUUAUUGAAGUAUUGGAAAGUCAAUCUGGACCUGGUGGAUUACAUGAGAACACUUUUCUUCUGGUGAUGGGUGAUCAUGGGCAGACCUUAAAUGGAGAUCAUGGUGGAGGGACUGCUGAAGAGGUAGAAACGGCAAUUUUUGCCAUGAGCUUUAAGAAGCCUUCAUCCCCACAACAGUCAAAUUUUGGAACUUCAUUUGGUGAAUCUGAUUCGGUUGGGAGGGAUAUUUCUAUAAGCUCUAUCCAACAGCUUGACUUUGCAGUGACUAUUUCGGCACUGAUUGGUAUCCCCUUUCCUUUUGGAAGUAUCGGGCAUGUUGAUCCUAAGCUAUAUGCUUUAGGGGCUGGAAUGGAGAAUUUUGAAGACAAUGUGGAAAAUUGUCAGAAUCAGUCAAAAUUACAAGAAUGGAUGCAGAAUUAUGCCAAUGUACUUUGCAUUAAUUCUUGGCAGGUGAAAAGGUAUCUUGAUGUUUAUUCAGCUUCUUCUGUCAUUGGAUUUUCUUCAGAAGAUUUGUUGCACAUAGCAGACCUGUAUGCUCAAGCAGUGGAGAAAUGGUCAGGCACUACGAAAAACUUACUAAUAUCCAACAAUGAAAGCUGCAAUACAGUAUUGCCUGCUCUUAAGAGGCAAAUUGAUGUGUAUUCCAAUUUUCUAGCAAACGUCGCUGAGCUAGCACGCUCCAAAUGGACUGAGUUUAAUUUAAUGAUGAUGGGUGUUGGUUUGGGCAUUAUGUUAGUAUCACUUUCCGUACACAUUCUUGCUAUCAAGAGGACACAAAAGCAAUAUGACAUUUGUUUUACUUCAUCCGGAGAUGCUGGGACUUCAUUUGGGCUACUUUUUGCUUGUUUUAUAGUGGUUAUACGUGCAUGCAGCUUCCUCUCAAAUAGUUAUAUUUUGGAAGAAGGAAAAGUAGCAAGCUUUCUAUUGGCAACAACUGUAGUUACCAAGUUGCAGUACUUAUCCAUGAAGAAAAAGAUGCUACUAGAAGCGAUUGCUUUCCUUCUUUUAAUAACCAUUUGCAGAUAUACUAUUGAAGUUGGAUUAACAAAGCAGGCUCCAGGAUCUGAAUUUUUGAAUUUACAUACUUCAUGGAUGCCAAGGAUUGCUCCUGUUUGGAUGUUUGUAACUGAACUUGUGCCAAUGCUUGGCUUGAUAUUUUUGGCAUUCUUGCUGUACAAGGUCAUUUAUAGUGACUAUUCUGCGGGAAUUGAGAAGUAUGUUAUGAUAGGAACCAAUUUAAGUUAUGUGCUCAUAGCAUUUCACUGGGCCUUAGAAAGUAGCAUAUUGAAUCUGUCUUGGGUACUUGAAGGUGUUGGAAGAAAUAGCAUUCCUCGAAUAAUUUUUGCUAUUGGAUUUGGACAACUUUCCGUACUGAUGUUUGGACGCGUUGUUGCUAAGGAAAAAUCCUUGGAUUGCAAGAAAAACUUAAUUACUAAAACAGUAGCCAUGUUAUCUGCAUGUAGUUCAACAAUCAUUAUUCUUCUGGGAAAACAAGGGCCCUUGGCUUCUAUAGCAGCCAUAAUUGGAGGAUAUUGCAUAACAAGGUUGGGGAAUAUAAAACAGGAUGCAAAUAAUGAAAGUAGUGGAAAUUUGACCAUGGACCCUCUUCCUGUGACACAGUGGAGCCUUUUAGCUGUGUGUUUGUUUUUCUGCACUGGACACUGGUGUGCUUUUGAUGGCCUGCGAUAUGGUGCCGCCUUUAUUGGGUUUGAUGAGUUUAUCCUAGUUCGCCAAGCAGUUCUUCUUACUAUUGAUACAUUUGGUUUUUCUCUCAUCCUUCCAGUGUUUGGACUUCCAUUUCUUGUUGCAUGUCAACAAAUAAAAGUUCAGACUAGGAAACAAGUUGUAUUUGCACAAUUGUCCCUUGCAUAUAUGAUAUAUGGGCUCAUUAUGGCUACUACAGUUACAGCCACCAUAAUAUGUGUCACAAUUCAAAGGCGGCAUUUGAUGGUGUGGGGAUUAUUUGCUCCUAAGUUUGUUUUUGAUGUGGUGGGUCUUAUUCUUAUGGAUAUCCUAAUUUGCUUAGCAUCACUCUACUACCUUGUUUCGUUCGAUAAUGAUAGCCUGUAGGAUCAUAUUAUUGAACGAUAAAUCAUUGCAAGUGAUUGAAAAUUUUGUUGAAGACAUCCGAGUUGCAGUUAUGGCAUUUCAACCUUAGGAAAUGAAUAUUCGUUCUUGCUAAAAUUUAACUUAAUUCAUUGUUGGAAUUCAUUCAGUUUGCUAAUUUGAGGAUUUUUUCUACUCGUGUGAACUAAA